ACAGCUUGCUUAGUCUUGUGGUCUUUUCUGUUUCACAAUUCGUUCUACCUGAUUGUAAACACAGAGAUGACUCACCUACUACAGCUUUUUCUGCUAUCAUCAGCUGUAGGCGUACUCUUUGCAUCAAGAUGUUUGUACGACGAUUUCACAUUCUGGUUCAACAGAGAUGAUGGAUUCGAACGAUGUACUUUCAGCCAAGCCGCUCGAAAGGUAUUUGGUGAUCAAGUCAGCAAUGUGACGGUUAAUCUGUUAGACAAAGCCACAUGCGCUGUUCCUCCUUAUCCCUGGACUAAGACAAAUUUUCAUGAUGUUUACGUUGACUGGAGUCGGACUCUAAACUUCACUUCUGGAUGGGCUCGAUGCACUACAGGUACAUUUUUGACCGCGAUAUACGGAAAAUCUGUUGGUGACUACAAAGAUUACAACAUUGACCACGUAAGGUGUUCAAGGCCAUUGAGAUAUCCUAACGUCCAAGGGUCGUGCGAUUCAGUAGACGUAGUCGGAUGUUUGUAUAAUCACCAAGUCUGUCAAUGUAAGAACGGUUUUUACGCGAAAGGAAUCUUUAAAGAUGGAGGCAAAGGUCAUACGUUUUGUUUGGCGUAUAUAGAGUGUUGUCAGAUGCAAAAAACGAUGGUGGGCCUCAACUCAGUAGACAAGGUGAAAUCGUGGAUCAUGGACGUAAUUCUGUCUGAUACUGCCAAAUUAGCUAAUCAGUUAGGUUUCGCUUACUGCAAAGGUUGCCUAGCACAUUUUAUCGGUGAAGGUUUCAAACGUAGAGGUGAAACUUGGCAUGCUGAUACCUCUGGAAAAUGUGAUGGAUACAAGAGCAAACAAAGACUUUCAAUCACACUAAAGGAUUGGGGUUUUAUGUUAAAGGACACUGUUUUUAAGAAACGUAUAAGACGUCCUGUGAAAGCAAUGUUUUUAUUAACAGGUAUUGCUGACAGUCAUGGGGGUAAAGAUAAAUAUGCUGAGCGUCACAUUGUAGGUUUCCAUCACUACCGACGUGUAGUGCACACACCAAAAAGUAAAUGGCCAGAUUUUGACAAGCUGGGAAUCACUAUACGCUACAACCCUGUCCCCGUUAAAGACAUGAAUAGCAAUGCCUCUUUCAUUUUUAACUACACCACAAUAGAUACCUCUUAUGACGAAACAAAUAACCAACAACUCAGGACAAUUAGAGGAACAAAAGGGAAGGCAUUUGAUGGAAGAAAUCAGAUGAAAUACGUUGCCAACGCACGAUACGAAAAAUUUGAAACUAAAUACAUAGCUAAGGUUCUCCCAACCUUCAGUGUUACAUUUAGCGGAUUUCUUCAACGUGACCUUCCGGACCCUCGGAAUAAAACAGAUCCCCGUCUUAAAAUUGAACCAGAAAUAUUUACCUACGAAAUCGGAAACUCAACAACGCCAUUCUACACCGCGCUGAGGCAUAUGAGAGAGCAGAAGUCCUAUCCCGUUUUUUGGAACGAAACGAAUGACCCUAUGUAUGAUGCUGGUAGUGUUCUUGACUUUUUGAUUAACGAGGACACGUAUGCUAUUAAUCUGAAGGGGACGAUCGAGGACAUUGUACCAGAUGGGAUUGACAUUAAAUGGUACAAUAUAACAGAUGACCCAAUAUAA